AUGGACAAAUCGACCUGCGAAUAUGUUGCGACAGAAGAAGAAUAUGGCAGAUUCCUCAACCAAAGCGAUCACUUCCAUUUUGUCUACUUAAUCGACGAGACAAAACUUGACCCAAAUUGGAAAAGCUUCAAGAAAGAGAUCAAAGAGGAAAUAUCUCUGAACCCAAAUCUGCCCAAUUACAUAACGUCUAUCAUCAAAACGUCUUCAGAAGAACCUUGGUGGUGGCAAAAUGUUGGAAAAGAAGUUGAAAACUAUCAUGUUUCUGAAGAAAAAGUGGAUUUUGAAAACUUGGAAAAAUCACUUUGCAAAGCGAAGAAAUUCCGAUCGCCAGAUGUCAAUUUGGUGAAGAACAAAAAGUGCAACACGAGGGAGAACUUGAACAUCUUAGUUGAUGGUGGAGUGGAGCUAGAAAAACGGACGAUUUUGGAAGAAGCAGCGAUGCAGAUUGUGGAAAGCUCGACUUUUGAGAAGAUCAAUUUGAAUGUUAUCGAUUCAAUUCUCCAUGCUCGCGAAAAAUUACAGACGCGACUUUUCAAGGACUGCAACGCUCUCAAAAGCCAAUUAAAAUCCUCAUACCAAUUACUCGAAAUGACCUCAGAUCCGAAUGCCGCAAUCAAACCCUCCGUAUUUUUCUUGACAAAUGGGGAACGAUUCGAAGAAAUUGCUAAAUGCAGGGUUGCUCAGAGAACUUUUGGUGAUGAAGAUGCUUUGAUGAACUGCAACUCGACAGUAUUGACGUGCCGUACAUUCAUUAUUGAUGAAGACCUUAAGCCGGAGAUGAGGAGUCUUAUCAGCAACAGUGAUCCAAACAUGGCAAUCAUCGGCGGCGAGCACAUCAAUCGAAAAAUCUCAGAAAAAAUCUACAACGAGUACUGUAACUCUCGAUCUUGCAAUGACGACAACUACGAAGAACCGCAUCAUACAUGCUCUUUCAAGGAAAACCUCAAUCUGAUCUUCACUAUCGAUCUUUCUCGACAAUCGUCUCUCUACUACAAAAGCCAUUACACUGCCAUCAUUCAAGAAGUCUUCCGCGCCUUCGAGUUCAAAUGGCAUCCAAAUAAUCCUGACAACAAACAGUUGAAAAGUCGACUGCGAGUUUUUGGAGUGAACAAACCAAGAAGCGUACUGGAGAAAAAAUUGCUGUUUGAUACUUUUUACGACGAAGAAAGAAGUCCAACGGGGGUGGAUUUUGCGGUUUGCGAUCAAAAUAAGACCACUUUACAGCUAGCCCUAGAAACGAUAAAUGUACGCGUCACGAAUCCUGAUUCAAGCGAUUUGAAAGGACCGACCCCUGAAUUUAACGAAACCAUUUCAUUCUUGAAGACACUUUACGCUUCGGAAAAGAGGAACUACCCGAACAUUAAAAUUGUUCACCUGCAGGAUACAUCUCCAGAUACACUUGUGCCGAGGGCAAAGGGAAAGCCAAAAGCUAGCUUGCCCAUUCUUGUUGCUUCGUCGGACAUGGAAUUCAGAAAGUUGGCGGAAAAAGAGGACUUCGAAACUUCGAUCAUUAUCAAAAAUACGCCCAAAUGUGAAACUUCACAUCUAACUGACAUUUUUGAUAAUAUCUGGACGACAAUCAAAGAUAUCAAUGAAUUUAUUUGCGAGGACCAACCAGUUUCUUACAAUCAAAAAAGUCUCCAAAGAUGCUAUGAGCCAAUCGGUACUUCCAAAGCUAGGUUUGGACUGAUUGAAGGAAUGAAAAUGGUGGGCGAUUGUUGCGUUUGGAGCUGCAAAGACAACCAAAUCAGCGAGUUUCGCGUCCCCUCUGUAGAAUGCUUGCAAUUGAAAGAAUCUGAACUGAAUAGUGCUUCUUGCUUUUUACUUUAA